AUGCCGGGGAAAGGAAAGGGUCUCGUCGCAAUUGAAAAGAUCUCUAAGGGCACGCGAAUUCUCUCUGAAGAGGCCGUCGUUACAGUCAGUGAAUCGGUCGGCAGCGAGCGGCUUCGAACAUCCAUCUGUAAGCAAGUUGAAGCCCUUAGCGAAAACCAGCGGCGAGACUUCCUAUCCAUAUACAAUAUCCACCUAUACAGGAAUGCUGCUAAAGAUCAAGGGGCAAUCUUCCUAGAAGCAUGUCGCAUUAACCACGCUUGCGAUAAUAAUACACAGAAGAACUGGAAUAAAAAGAUCAAACGACACACAGUGCAUGCUCUGAGAGACAUUAACAAAGGCAAAGAGAUCACGAUAACUUACUUAGCCCCUCUUAAGAACCGCAAAGCCCGGCAGAAGGCUCUUCAGGAAAAGUUCGACUUUACAUGUUUGUGCUAUCUCUGCUCCUUACCGCUAGAGCAGAGCCAGGAAAGCGACAGGAGAUUAGAGGAGAUCUACCGCUUAGACGGACGCAUCUUCGCGGAGAGGGCGGCCACGCUAGCUAUCAAAUACGGAGCUCUAGCACAAGACCCCUCGAAGUACGAGCUAUUCGGAGUCUUAACGAAGUGGAAGACGAAAAGCCGUACGACAUUCCCCGGGUUUACUGAUCUCCUAGACGAGAAUAAUAUCGACCUGGAGUUUUAUGAGAGAAGCAAUAUAGAGAUCAAGGAUAUUAAUAGUACGAUAAUUUCGCUAUACUUCUAUACUAAUAGCCGAGGCAUUACUAUUCUCUAUACAGAGCGCCACGCAUUUAUGUUCUGUGAGCCCGGUAUUUGCUAUAAGGAUCCCUAG